AUAGACAAACAACCAUUCACACUCACAUUCAUACCUAUGGACAAUUUGGAGUCGCCAAUUAACCUAGCAUGUUUUUGGAAUCUGGGAGGAAACCGGAGAAAACCCACACAUGCAUACUCCACACAGAGAUGGCCUAGGGUGGGAAAAUGAAUGAAUGAAUGAAUGAUUCAUUUUAUACCGCUUAUCCUAACGAGGGUCGCGGGGGUGCUGGUGGCCAGCCAAUCACAGGGCACAUAUAGACAAACAACCAUUCACACUCACAUUCAUACCUUUGGACAAUUUGGAGUCGCCAAUUAACCUAGCAUGUUUUUGGAAUCUGGGAGGAAACCAGAGUACCCGGAGAAAACCCACGCAUGCACGGGCAGAAAAUGCUAACUCCACACAGAGAUGGCCGAGGGUGGGAUUGAACUCGAGUCUCCUGUGAGGUCUCCGCGCUAACCACUCGCCCGCCGUGCAGCCUGAACUGCAUCCAACAUAUUGGAAUUUUCAGACUUAAAGUAUGUAUGUUUCAUAUAUCUCACGCUAGUUCAACAUGAUGCGGAAGUGCCAUAUCAUAUUUAGCCACCCCUGCUUUCAUCUUUACGCCACGCCUAAAUGUCAUAAACGGUUGGGUAGGCAGUACUGUUUUGUCACCUUUUCUUGAAAAUGGCUACCGGAAAAUGUUUUUUGUGAGUCACCCUUUGUUGCUGCAGUACGCCAAACUAGUUGUACCAUUUGGGUCGGACCCACUGUGUCAGCUUUUUGCUGAGUUUCAGCAAUUUUUUAAUUAUCAUUCCAUCUGCAGUCGGGUCACGGGACGAGAACCCCAGACCUCCCUUUAUCUGGCUGCUUCGUCCAGCUCCUCUCGGCAGAUAUCGAGGCACUCCUGAGGCAUCUGGUCGAGGUGGCGCCCUGGAAGCAGCCGAACUGACUGACUCCUCUCAAUGCAGAGGAGCAGUGGGUCUCAAUCUAUCUCUUAAGAGAGAGCCCAGCCACCUUACAGAGGAUUAAUUUCGGCCACUUGUAUCCAUGAUGUCCUUUUGGUCACUACCCAAAGCUCAAGACCAUAGGUAAACAUUGGAACAUAGAGUAGAUCAACUGGUAAAUUCAGAGCUGAAUAUCUCCCUCUGCAAAUAGGCUUAAAAGAGUCGUUUGUUUGCUUCUGGCAGCAUCUCGUUUGCAAGUAUGUUCCAAUCAUGACAUUUUUCAGCAACUUGUUAGCUGGACCCUCCAGAAAUUCCUGGCCUCAUCCUGGACCAACCUACUGACCAGGUACUUUUUCAAGUUUGGGCUCUGAGGAAAUGUAAUUUUGGUGGGAAUGCGACAAUGUUUUUCAUAAUCACAAGUAGCUGAAAGGGGCUCUUGUUAGUAUCACAGUGUAGUAGUAUCCUACACCAAUAAAUGUGUACUUUGUGUUGCUGCACAGCUUGUGCAUCAAAAAAAGAAACCCAUAAAAACAUGUCAGUCUUUUUAUAUUUACCUUGUAUAAAACCGUAUAAACUAUUCAUAUGCAUUGUGUCAUAAGAAAAGAUUUAGGGUUUUCUUACCUUAGCAAUACCUUAUUUCUUAUUUUCUAUUCAGUAGUUUACUGUCAUAUCAAAGUGCUCCUUUGUCAGGACUUGUGGACGGAAUCGGCCCCACUCCAUUUCAUUGGAGCAAAAGCAAUAAAACGAUCAGGUGAUCAUCUUCUUGUUUAUCUUAUAUUUCCUGGUUGUAGAAAAGAGCAAUCAGGGCAAAAACCAAAAGAAUGUUCGAGUAGCGACAGCCACAAUAACAGUAAGAGACGUCAAUCAUUUACAGCGCCGUCAUGACAGGAGUCGGUUUGGGUUAGUGGGAUGAGGAUAAGGAAGUGGGAGUAUUGAACCUUUCCACUCAAGGUUUCACUCUGAAGAAACGUUGACAUUCUACAGGGUUGGGAAGGGGAAUGUCAAGGUGUUUUUCUGCCUGACGUCCAAGCAACGGAGCACUGGAGGACAUGUUGUUGACGUUCUGAUGUGGACUUCUUGGUGAAUUUGCCCCCCGCCAUGACCCAUCCCCAGCUUUGUGCUUUGUGGCUGGGCUGCAUUCUAACUGCCGUGGCUCUUGGACUGGUCCAGUGGAGGGUUUGGUUGGUGUAUGACAACGAAGCAAUCACCUCAGGCAUGGCCUGGGUGGGCGUGUGGAGGGCUUGCUUCAACAGCCACACGCAGGUAAGUGUGGUCACACAGAUUGCGGCUGGUCAAGUGCUCAUGCUCCUGUCUGUGCUGGUGGGCUUGGUGGGAAACAGCAGUGGGGUUUAUGCCCUGAGGAACGUCCACUUUGGAUUGGAGAAGAACAUUCCCAGCUGCUUCUUUAUCACGGGAGCGCUGUUCUUGUCAGCUUCUGGGAUGUCACUCGUUCCUCUCGCAUGGAAUCUAAGCUCAGUGGUGACCAAUCAGACCAUCGUGUUCCCCCCUGCGUUCAAAAUGCCCCGGGCCCCUGAUUCUCAGCAUGGCAUCGCCAUGGGUCUGGUGGGCACAGUCGUGAUGGUUGUGUCUGGGCUUAUGUUCUGUAGAUAUGAGUCGCCAGCAAGGUUGCGGCGGGACGGCUGUUUUUGA